UGUUAUCGCAUCGACAACAGACGACAGACGGACGUAAAUGGAACAAAAUCAAAAGGAAUAAUGGAAACUUGCGGCUAUAUUUGCGCUAGCAAGGAUUAUGAGAAUUUCUAUAUGCGUUGUUCCCUCUGUUCCAUUGACUUGGAGGCGUCAAGAUGGCAGGAGUUUGUCUCGCAUUUCCGAAACCUUCAUAUCGUGGUGGAAUCGCCGCCAUCUGAACCAGAGAUUGAACCCAAAACGCAGGACCAGGAUGCUACCGUAAAUGAAAUUCAUGUGGAGGUGGUUAGUUUGGAGGAAAUUAGUGAACUGGAGGAAUUAAUGAACGAGAAUGUUACCUAUGCAAAUUUGAUUGAGACAGAUGAAGAGGAGGAGCAAAAUCAGGUGGUCGAAAUAGACGAACCCAAACAAGAGGAAGACGAUGUAAGUGAAUUGGAAUUUGAGUCAAUAGCUGAAGAAGACGAAGAAGAGGAUGAUGACGAGGAUGGCGACUAUGAACCGGAUGCCGAUGCCAAUGCUCCAACAGAUAACUCUCCAUUAUACAAGUUCAAUCCGUCAUUCUUUCGCCGUGAUCCUCGUACUUUGACAUUUAUUGAGUUGUAUGAAGCGCAUCCGUGUCUUUGGGACUCCGCCCACUCUGACUACAAAGAGUCAAGUGUCUGUAAAGUGGCCUAUCAGGAAAUGAUUCGAGACUUGAAGGAAAAGGCGUCUAUUAUUCUUAAUGAACAUUCCCUGAUUGCGGCCAUUAAGAAGCUACAUCUGCAGUAUAAUACAGUGGAGAGGAGAGUACUUUGUGGCCAGAUAAAAGACAAUUCAGUGGCCUAUACCCAUUAUACCAGUUGUGCCUAUCUCAAAGCUAGCAUGGAUCAGCUGGAAGAGCAGAGAACCGGAAAGAUACAGCUCGAAUUUUUACAAAGAAAUAGACUGACCACAGAACUGAUUGAUCUGUAUGCCGGCUUUCCGCAAUUGUACGAUCCGCAGCAUAGUGAAUUCUCGAACAUGAAUUCUCGAAAACAAGCCUAUGAAACCAUGGCCAACGAUUUGACGGUACCGGAUAAUUUGGAUAUUAAUUGCGAUGAUAUCUUUCGGGCAAUUCAAUGUCUACGAAAAUGGUAUUACAAGCGUACCAAACAACCCAUCAAUGCGUCCGAAAAAUUCUACCAGGGCCUUUGCGUUUUCCUGCCGCCGAAACAAUUUAAACAGCGAUUGGUGUGCGAGAUUUGUCAGCAUGUCACCUACUCGGAUAAUGUUCUGCAGGCGCAUAUGUUCAAGGUCCAUAAUAUUGGUGAAUUGCCCUUUAAAUGCCAGCUGUGUGAUCGAAGUUUCAUGGGACGGGGCGAACUGGCUACCCAUGUCAAGAGAUCUCACAUUGGCAAGACGCACGAGUGCUCAUACUGUGAUCGGACUUUUGCUGUCCAAUCGGAUCUGAAGCUUCAUAUGCGGACACAUACCAACACAAAACCGUAUAUUUGUGAGCAUUGUGGCAAAGCUUUUCGACUGAGAUCACAACUAAAGCAGCAUGUCACGGCAAUUCAUACCAAAAUUAGGGCCUUUAAGUGUACCAUGUGUCCCAAGGACUUUCUCAAGAAGGUUCAUCUUGUGGAUCACAUUAAGAGUCAUUUAAAUAUACGCGAUAAGAUCUGUACCACAUGUGGCAAGGGUUUCACAAGUUGUCAUUCGCUCAUUCGACACCGACAAAUCCAUGCGGAGGUCAAGAAAUUUGCGUGCAAAUUAUGCGAUUCCCGAUUUGCCCAAUUCGUUGGACUUAAUUCGCAUAUGAAACGAACACACAAUUUGUUACGCAACCCUAAAGCUGAUGUGACUACAGAAGAUGGAGAAAAUGUGGAUAUUGAGUAAAUUUUAUCAAACAAUAAAAUGAAAUUGUAAUUU